GCCUGGCGUCUUCUGGGACCUGUCAUGUCCACAGUCUCCUUGUCAUCCUUUGUACUGUCUGCAGUCUUUGGUCAUCUCCUGUACUGUCUGCAGUCUCUGGUCAUCCCCUGUACUGUCUGCAGUUUUUGGUCAUCCCCUGUACUGUCUGCAGUCUCUGGUCAUCCCCUGUACUGUCUGCAGUCUCUGGUCAUCCCCUGUACUGUCUGCAGUCUCCGGUCAUCUCCUGUACUAUGCCCGCAGUCUCUGGUCAUCCCCUGCACUAUGCCCGCAGUCUCUGGUCAUCCCCUGUACUGUGUCCGCAGUCUCUGGUCAUCCCCUGUACUGUGUCCGCAGUCUCUGGUCAUCCCCUGUACUGUGUCCGCAGUCUCUGGUCAUCUCCUGUACUGUGUCCGCAGUCUCUGGUCAUCUCCUGUACAGUGUCCGCAGUCUCUGGUCAUCUCCUGUACUGUGUCCGCAGUCUCUGGUCAUCUCCUGUACUGUGUCCGCAGUCUCUAGUCAUCUCCUGUACUGUGUCCGCAGUCUCUGGAUAUCUUCUGUACUAUUGUUAAUAACCGUCUGGCGGUGCCUCUAGCAGUCCACAGGACAGGAUUCCCCAGAGUGCGGAGUCUAAGCCUCAGUCUGCU